CUCUCGGCCUCGCUCACUCACUCUCAGUCGCUCUCGCCCUUGCUUGCUCACUCUCAGUCGCUCUUGCCCUCGCUACUUGCUCAGUUGCGCUCGACAUCACUGCCUGCAUACUGCAUCUCUUAGUUUGUGUCACUCUCGCCCUCGCUCGCUCUCGCCCUUGCCCUCUUUGAAUCAUCAGGCAAUUACACUAAUGGUACCUAAGAGGCAGACUUGUUGGUCAAUUAGAUCCAUGUCACGUAGUACAGAUUCACACCAUAAUGAUUCAUAAUCAGUUCCAUCCUAUCAACCAACCACAAACCCAAUCCCGUCACAUCCCCAACAUCUUGAAGAAGACUUGAUCCACUCACAAUCCAACCCCCAAGACUCACGUAGUCAGCAAGGUACAAGCUCCAUGUCAUUUACGGCCAAAAAAGGAAGAGGAAUAUCAAGACAAAUUUCAAAGUGGGGAAAGGAAAAUAUUCAUAUAUUGAAUUUGAUGCUGAAGGACAACCAGUUGGGGAGAUGGCAACUAAGUUGGAAACCCAACUAGGUGUGAUGGUAAGAAGUAUUACUCCCCUUACAUUUACUGAUUGAAGGUCACCGGGGAUGGAACCAUAUAAGGAGCGCUUAUGGUAAGAGGUCUUGGAUAACACUGAUGUAUCCACAACAUGGAGAUCAAUUUGCUUGCAACAUGCUUCCAAGAAGUGGAGAAAGUACAAAGCCACCUUGAAGAGGCAUUAUGAUUGCCAUGAGACAUAUGCGUCUCGUCUGUCAAAAAUACCGCCUGGGGUGGACCCAGAAUAGUGGAAGGUUCUUGUGGAGUAUUGGGGAUGUGAGCAAGCACAGUGCGACAAAUCGUACCAAUCGAGAUAAGCAAAAGAUGGGUCACACCAGCGGUAGGCGAUCACAUCCUCAGGUUAGGCACCAGAUGACUAUUGAAAAUGGAGAUGAGCCAGAUAGAAUCAAGCUUUUUAAAAAGACACACACCAAAAAGAGCGGAGAGAUAGUAGACUCUACAUCUUCAUAUAUAAUUGAACAAAUGGAUGAAAGGUUGUCACAAAUACCUGGUGAUGAACAAACUCCAAAUUCGCUAGAGGAUGUCUUUACUCAAAUACUAGGUAAAGAUAGGCAUGAUAAGGUACGGAUGGGAGGACUUGGAACAUGCCCAACUAAGGUUAGACAAAAACAACAGUAUCAGGUGCCCCAAGAACAGUAUGACCAAAUGCGUGCGCAAAUUACUGCCGAGCUAGAAGAAAAAUUUCAAGCUCAAAUCCAAAGUCAAGUUCAAAUGCAAGUUCGUGCAAUACUUGAGGCAAUGGGACAUACACCACCAGCUCCAGACAAUACACCACAACCGAGACAGCUAUCCUCACAUGCCAGUGCUUCUGCCGCACAUGUAAGCACACCAUCACUCGAAGCUGAAUGUAUUGGAUUAUCGACACCAGAAUGUGGUCAUAAUUUAGAAGUAAUUUGCUACCAAAUAGUUAAUAUACUGAAAUGUAAAAUAUACUUCAAAAUCAUUUAUGCUUGUUCAAACACAGAUUGAUGAAUUUGUUCACUUGAUGAAUGGACGAAUACCUCGCCACAUUGUUGUUGAGGCAAUCAUUGUGUCCAUUGAUCUGACCAAGUCUGUAGGGGAAGUAGAGCUAGAUAAUGAGUUUGUUGAAAUUAGUAUUCAGAAAGUGCUGAAGCCUUUAUAUCCAUUGCCUCGACAAUUUUCUGGGAUGUGUGUCGUGAGGGAUGCUAAUAAUAGUAAAACUACGAUACCGUGGAGGGUCUCUGAUAUCAACAAAAUAUGAUAUGCAAUUUUGGUUGGAGAACGGCAUGGUGGCAUAAUCAAGGGUUAUCUGAGGCCACUAGGACAUGAUUUAGUUUAGAGUUGCUUUGUAUGUGCUUUUGUAUGGUAUUGUGUAAUGAGACGAG